AAAUGGAGGGAAUUCCAACGAAGUAAUCAGCCAUGGGUGUUACACGUGCAUCGAAAAAGAGAUUGACAAAUACGAGACUGAAAUUUGAUUCAGACGAUGACGAUUUCGAAACUCCCGUGUUUAGAAAUACUCAAAAAUGCGACACACGAGUCUCACCUGAAAACAGCGAUGAGGAGAGUGAAGAUAACUUGUCUCGUCAGUGUGACGAAGCUGUGGACGAGGAGGAUGCUGACCGGCUGCCUGACAUUGAGACGGGUGAGGAGAGCGACGAUGUCCCCGAUGAGAUCACCUUCUCCCAGAGUCGCGAGUCGGCACUCACACAGAUCAACAGAGUGAUGCAGCAGAUUCGAAACGACAACUCUCAGAAGAAAACCAAGCGCAAACAACAAGAUAUGAUUUUCAAACAGCAAAAGAAAAAGAAAUUAGAAAAUUUUGUUGCGCAAAAGCUGCCUGAUGACUUCUUAGAUUCAUUACCGAGUGUAUUGGAGGAGAAAUUAAAAAAAGAUGAGAAGGCUGCUCCUCGUGAAUUAGAUAAAGAGUCUGAUGUUACCGACUCAGAAACUGAGGAUGUUCAACACAAUGAAGAUUUCAUUCCAUUGGAAAGGUUACAAGGGAUUGAAGUUGUAUCUCUUCGACAUGACAAACCAAAGCACAAAACCUUGGCCCAGUCCGCUGCAGAGUUCAGACAGAGCAGGCUGUAUGGUGGGAAAAUACCACGGGAAGACUUUCAACACAUAUGUUCAAGAAUAGAAAAGCGCAGAGUCCGGAGAAAAUAGCUAUGAACAGAUCUGUGUUAUGGAUGAGAUGCUAUGAGACAAAAGGUUGCAUUACUGUAAGUUUGCAGUGCAGAUGUACUCAACAGCAGUCAGUGGCGGCUCUUUAAAAAUACGUCUGUCGCCCAGUGGCGUGGGGGGGGGGGGGGGGGGGGCACUGGUGCGGUUGCCCUGGAUGCAAAAUUCUGGACUUGUGGGAAGGGACUCUUGGAGUGCUAACGGUCCACUGGUUAGGAGGUGCAAUACUUGCCUUUUCCCGGGCGCUGGCAACCCACCUUUUUACGCCACUGCUGGCGCCAGCAUAUUUUUUCUAGAAUGGCCAUCGAAAGCAUAAAUCUACAAAUGUCAAAAAAUUUUGGAAUUAGUUUAUCAAUGGUCUUUACAGAGAAACAUUAAGCAGCCCUCUACAUUACGACCAGUGUGGUCAAAUGAGACAGGUUUGGUUGCAUAUGAGACGGAUUUGGUCGCAACUAAAACAUUUCAUACCUCGAUAUAAAAAAAAAGAAAAAAGUAGGUGUCAUCUGGCUCGUAGAUGGAAAAGUUAACAGAGGAGUAUUAAGAGAUCUUUUAUAUGCACUUUACCAAACUACCAUGGCCUUCAGUAUACCAGUUGUGUGGGGAGAACCUGAAUCUAUGGACGUGGCCUGUCAUAUAACUAGACUAUCCUUGAUCUGCAGCUUUCAGUUCAGUGCUGGUUAUUAUCACUGGGUUGAAUGUCUUGUGUAUUUGUUGUAGUUGUUAUAACCGAUGUGAUUAAAAUACUAUUACAUGCUAA